AUGUUUCAAAUCAACCUACGAAAUGUUAAUGGGCAAGAACUGCAGAAAACAUCCUGCACACCUGAGAUCCAAGCCGCGUUUAUUCUUUCCUCCUUAGGGACCUUCUUAAGUGGACUUCUCAUCUUGCUCCUUUUCAGGCAAAUCUGGAGGGCCAUUAAGAGAUGGAAAAACGUCAGGGGAACAGGAAUUCUCUUGAAACUAAUCUUGUCGAAGAGUAUUGGUAUUAAACAUUUAAAAAGUCUCCAACUCCAUGGAGUAUUUCAUGAUCGUAUAGAAAUGUUACUUUCGGCACAGACCUUUGUGGGGCAAGUGUUGGUGAUCCUUGUCUUUGUCCUAAGCAUUGGGUCUCUUAUAAUCUAUUUCAUCAACUCUUCUGACCCUGCGGGAAGCUGUUCUUCAUACCAGGACAAAACCAUCCCUAUUGAUUUGACUUUCAAUGCUUUCUUCUCUUUCUAUUUUGGGUUGAGAUUUUUGGCAGCCAAUGACAAAAUCAGGUUCUGGUUGGAGAUGAAUUCAAUUGUAGACAUCUUUACCAUCCCACCAACAUUUAUUUCUUAUUAUUUGAAGAGUAAUUGGCUAGGUUUAAGGUUCCUAAGAGCACUGAGGCUGCUAGAACUCCCUCAAAUCUUGCAAAUUCUGAGAGCCAUCAGGACCAGCAAUUCAGUGAAGUUUUCCAAACUGUUAUCAAUAAUUCUCAGUACCUGGUUCACAGCCGCAGGAUUCAUUCACCUGGUAGAAAAUUCUGGUGAUCCCUGGCUCAAAGGUAGAAACUCACAGAAUAUAUCAUAUUUUGAGUCCAUUUACCUGGUCAUGGCAACAACAUCGACUGUGGGCUUCGGAGAUGUGGUAGCAAAGACAUCCCUAGGACGAACGUUCAUCAUGUUUUUCACCCUGGGGAGUUUGAUACUAUUUGCAAACUGUAUCCCUGAGAUGGUGGAAAUUUUUGGUAACAAGAGGAAAUACACCGUUUCUUACGAUGUCCUCAGAGGAAAGAAGUUCAUUGUGGUCUGUGGAAACAUCACCGUGGACAGUGUGACUGCUUUCCUGAGGAAUUUCCUCCGUCAUAAGUCAGGGGAGAUCAACACCAAGAUCGUUUUUCUGGGAGAGGUUCCUCCUUCUUUGGAAUUGGAAACCAUAUUUAAGUGCCACAUGGCCUGCACGACUUUUGUUUCUGGAUCUGCCCUGAAGUGGGAGGAUCUGAGACAAGUUGCGGUGGAAUCCGCAGAAGCAUGCCUGAUUAUAGCCAACCCUUUGUGCAGUGAUCCCCACGCUGAAGACACUUCAAACAUUAUGAGGGUACUGUCUAUCAAGAACUAUAGCCCUAAUACCAGAGUCAUCAUACAGAUACUUCAGUCCCAUAACAAGGUUUUUCUGCCAAAGAUUCCCAACUGGAACUGGACUACUGGAGACAACAUCAUCUGUUUUGCUGAACUGAAGCUUGGACUUAUUGCCCAAGGCUGUUUGGUGCCAGGCUUGUGUACUUUUCUAACAUCUCUAUUUCUUGAGCAUAAUAGUAAGGUUUGUCCUAAACAAUCCUGGCAAAAAAUUUUCUUAAGUGGCCUGAAGAACAAAAUCCUGACUCAGCGUCUCUCUGAUGACUUUGCCGGAAUGACUUUUCCUGAAGUUUCCCGGCUCUGCUUUGUGAAGCUGCACCUCAUGCUGAUAGCCAUCGAGCACAAAUCCAUGUUUUCCGGUUACUGUGGUCUGAUACUAAAUCCACCUGCACAGGUUAAGCUGCAUAAGAACACAUUAGGCUUCUUCAUUGCUGAUUCUGCAAAAGAUGUCAAAAGAGCCUUCUUUUACUGUGCCACCUGUCACAGUGACGUGCCUUCUCCUGAGCUAAUUGAAAAAUGUAGCUGCAAAAGCAAGACCUACCGAUCUUUCACAGGGUCAACAAUAAUGGUAAAGACCAGCAACAUGAAGGAAUUCCACGGGACAGCAAUGAAGGGUUUUUUUCCAGGGGGACAGCCAAGGAGGGCUAGCAGCAUGAACAUUGUCACCAGGACAUCUCUCUGUGGAGACCCUGAAUAUCUCGAUAGCAGUGGCAUGUUUCACUGGUGCAAAGCAACCCAUUUGGAAAAGGUGAUACUGAAACGAACUGACAAGUCAAAACAUGAGUUUCGGAACCACGUUGUAGCAUGUGUCUUUGGAGAUGCCCACUCAACCUUGAUGGGGCUUCGGAAUUUUGUAAUGCCCUUGAGAGCUAGCAACUACACCCGGCAGGAGCUGAAGGACAUUGUCUUUAUCGGGUCUCUGGAUUACCUGCAGAGAGAAUGGCAAUUUCUCCGGAAUUUCCCCCAGAUAUACAUUCUGCCUGGAUCUGCACUCUUUGCUGGAGACCUCCACGCAGUCAACAUAGAGGAAUGUGCCAUGUGUGCUGUCUUAUCCUCCCCAUCCACGUCAUCAGGUAGCCCGACUCUGGUAGACACAGAGACCAUCAUGGCCACCCUCAACAUAGGAUCACUGCGGAGAAGCUGCUCUGCCCAGAUGCCCUUGGAGCCAGAGGAGAUAGAACAGUGCUUUGAUGGAGCUGAGAAUUCAAAACACCGAAGAGUUCCCAUCCUCACUGAACUGAAAAAUCCUUCCAACAUCCACUUUAUUGAACAGAUUGGUGGGAUGGAAGCGCACCUCCCAGGAACAAGCCUGCAUCUCAGCACUUCCUUUUCCAUAGGCACUGUCUUUUCUGGCAGCUUCUUGGAUUCCCUCCUGGCCACAGCCUUCUACAAUUAUCAUGUCCUGGAGUUGCUUCAGAUGCUGGUGAGAGGAGGGAUAAGUUCUCAGAUGGAACAGCAUUUGGAUAAGGAUAAGUUCUGUGGGCUGACUGACAGCUGCAGCACACUUUUUUUCGGAAGAAGGCGCUGUAAGCUGGGGCUUCUGUCCUUAAACCAAACCAUGCUGUUGGACAUUGAACCAAAAAAGACCUUUGCGCAACUUUUCUGUGGCUUGUUAGAUAAUUUUGGAAUCCUGUGCCUUGGCUUAUACCGCAUGAUAGACAACGAGAAGCACAACCUGGAGCACAAAAGGGGAGUAUGCUAGUUUGUGAUCACCCGGCCAGCCAAUGAGUUUAAUCUGCUGCCUUCAGAUCUUGUGUAUUGUGCCAUCCCUUCCAACACUUCAACUAACAAAACAGAUAAUUCUCCUUAUCAAGGUUCUUAUGAAUCGAUAAAUACAAUGCCAUGGACAUCAGGGACCUUUGAGGCACCUGCAAGCAAAAACAGUCCUCCUACAGCUCACCCGGUUGGCUGGCACAGUUAG